AUGGACCGAACCAAGGACGAACCUGACCAAUGGUCAGGUUUGGCCAAGAAGUAUGCAUUGACGACGGAGAUGUUCCUGCCUGAAAAGGUCAUUUUUCAGACAGACUGCCCUGAUCCUCUGGUCGAUAUAACAAGUCCGCAACGUUACGCUAAGAAAUCGAUAGAGAAGGCUGCCCUUGUCACUGAGCUCUAUGCCUCAAUCGAUCAUGAGUUGCAUCCUCAGAUGCGAACAAAUUCAUUCUUUAACUUGUUUGCAAGCGGCAUGCAACAGGCACGAUCAUCAUUCUUCAAUGGUCUACGUACUGUUUCAGGUAGCAUCUUCAACAUGUCACCCGAGUACUUUGUUGCCAGAUAUGACCGUGCUUCCGUCCAGCAAAUUACGGAUAUGAUUGGAUGGGAGGCGGGGAAGGGGAAGACCUUCGAUGUUUUCAAAGCACCGGUACUGUACCCUGAUAACAUUGUUAACGAGAAAAAGAUUUUCAGAGCCUGGUUGAUGAUCGCGAAGGACAAUCACUCACAUCUUUCUUUGAAAGGUUAUCAAGGUUUCAGUGUGCGGCAAGAUGUCAUUGUUCCCCAAGGGGCGUGGUUGCCCUAG